AUGAACUUGUCGACGCUUGAGGAUGUCGUGACGGCCGCGACGACGGUCAAUGAUCCAGUAGCACUUGCGUCUGCUCUUAAAGCAUUCCUCAAGCGCGACAUUGCCGAGCACUUGUUGGCGUCUUCGCUGCCCAACGAUGUCGAUCCGCUCACCGUACUCAAUCCGACUGCAAACACGCUCGGAUACCUUUACAUUUUGACCGCGCGAUUAGAUCACGCUGGUGCAGGAUUGGCGUUGCUACCUCAGAUUGUCGCAUUUUGCGAGGGCUGCACCCCAGGUCCACUCGCUUUUGUACCAGAACGCGUAAACAUCUUUGCGAGCAAACUUAUCAAGCAGCAGAACAUUGUAGAGGUGCUCCCCGCGCUGGCCACAUUCGUCCAGCGAUACCCGUGGAAUCGCGACAUCUUCACCGCUACUCACACUGUGCUCCUGCAUGCCUGUGUGAUGACUCGCAACUACCAUGUCGCUUUACCUGUUCUUGCCCAUCCCGUGUCCCAGGUCGACAAAGGCAUCUACCCAUUCAAUUACAUCGACAACCUACUGUACCAUUAUUACGCUGGCUUCAUCUUUAUCAGCUUGAGAAGAUGGGCAGAGGCAGAAGAGUAUCUGGAAAUGGUCGUUGCUGCACCUAUCACCACGACACCUUCAGCUAUACAACCGAUGCCACGUUAUGUACCACAGCUCUUUACCAAGAUGAUCCGACAGUCGCCUUAUGGCCAAUUAAUCAAGGCGUAUCCGGCGGGGAAUCUUGUCCAAAUUAUCGAAAAGGAGACCAAAGCAUUCUUGCAAGAUUAUAAUCUUGGCCUUGUCAGGGAGGUUUUGGAGAACGCCCCAAGGUGGAAGUUGAGGACGUUGACAAAGACAUAUUUGACACUAUCCCUUGCCGAAAUCGGAAAAGAGAUUGGUAUGGAGGACGCCUCGGCGCUGCGGAGACUGGUCGAGGAUAUGAUCAAAGUCGGUGAAAUCACUGCAACGUUGGAUAAAGAUACCCUCACGUUUAUCGACGAAAAGCCCAUCUUCAGUCCUGCAGAUGUCGAAAAGGCUCUUGCAGAGGCACAAAUGCAAUGCAAGCGCCUAGCGGCUCUGGAUCAACAAAUUGGACGAAGCAAAGAAUUCCUUCAAAAGGCGCUCAAAGAUCGCGAUACAGGUGGAGGAAUGGCAUGGGCCGGGCACGGGGCGGACGAGUCGGACCUGAUGUGGGCAGAAGAGCUUGGGGGCGACUUUGUGUGA